GGUGAGAGCUUGCCUGGGACUUCGCGUCGCCUGAGUUGGUCGUCCGGGCUUCGUGAGUCAAGAGGCCGUGUUAGCAAAAGCUGCCUGAAGCUGGACAUGUAGAGGCCGUGCGGGCGUACACGCGCGGGAGAAGGAGCACCUGAACAUGUGUUGUCUGGUGUUCACAUUGAUAUGAGAAGAUUCUAGAAGGUUAUACGCAAUGGAGGACGAGGCGGACGGCAAGCUGAUUCAGAAGGAGGAUGCCAAGGUAGAGAUCGCGGAGGGCGAGAAGGGCGAGGAGGCCGAGCUGUGCACGCGCCUCAAGAUGGCCCGGAAGAGCUUGACCAGAUGCCAUGGCGUCGAGGAGACCUUCGAGGGCGAGUUCGACUCCUGCCUCAGCAGCGAGGCCAAGCUCGAGUACGAGAACGAGAGCUUCCAGCGCCCCGCAUCCCCCGAGAGCGCCAGGAACUCGGCCGAGGUCUCCCUUGUCCGUACUGGCAAGGAGUCGCCCGCCGGGGGCGCGUCACCCUCCGCCGAGGACGCAGCGCCCACGCUAUCGUCACCGGCGACGCCGCACACUGAGCGCGGCAGUAGCAGCCGGCGCAGCAGCAGCAGCGGCAACUGCGAGGAGGGCGCCCGCGACGGCUACGACGACAUCUCGGCGUCCAUGAGCGUGAUCCGCAUGGAGAAGUUCGCGCUGGAGAAGCGCCGCGUGUCGCGCAUCCUUCCAAAAUGUCUUCACCGCACUUUCGUCGACCCGGACGUGGAGCAGCUGUUCCAGGCGUACCACGAGCGGCAGCGGCGCGCCGACCUGCACAUACUACUGGCGGCGGGCGGCAUCUUCACGGCCUACAGCGUGACGCUGUGCCUGGCGGACGCCCAGGACCCCUCGCUACCUGCGCCCCUCGCGCUCGCUUGCAUCGGCGCCCUCCACGUGCUCCUGCUGCUGCUGUGCCGCCUCCACGUCUUCCCAGAGCGAUCGUGGAUCCUCCUGCCGUACCUUGCGUGGGCGCUGUUUCUCACGGGCGUGGCCGUGUUCGUCAUCCUCGGCCCGCUGACGCCCGUGCCGCGCAACGCGCUUCUCUGGCUCAUCCUCCUGCACUUCCUCGUGUUCGUGGGGCUGCCGCUGCGCCUGCCCGCGUGCCUCGCGCUCACCGCCGUCACCGCCGCCGCCCACCUCACCACGUCGGCCCUCCUCACGCCCGCGCCGCACCGCUACACCACUCAGGUGCUGGCGAACUUCCUGCUGGUGUCCGGCGACGCUGCUGGGCCUUAUGUCUUACUUCUUCGCCGACAAGAAGCACCGGCGAGCCUUCCUCGAGACGCGCCAGUCCCUGGAGGUCAAGAUGGUCAUCGAGGAGCAGUCCCGCGAGCAGGAGCGGCUGCUGCUGUCGGUCCUGCCCAAGCACGUGGCGGAGACGAUGCGGCAGGACCUGGGCCGCGGCGGCGACGGCCAGUUCAAGAAGAUCUACAUGAGUCGCCACGAGAACGUCAGCAUCCUGUUCGCGGACAUCGUGGGAUUCACCGCCAUCUCGUCCACCUACACGGCCUCCGAGCUCGUCAAGAUGCUCAACGAACUCUUCGCUCGCUUCGACGGCCUGGCUGAGAAGUACCACCAGCUGCGCAUCAAGAUCCUGGGCGACUGCUACUACUGCGUGUCGGGGGCGCCGAGGGAGCGCAGCGACCACGCCGUCAACUGCGUCCAC